GUGUUUGCUCAGUUAAAGGACAUUUUACCAUCACUCGUUAUUCAUUUGAUAGAAGCCAAUAUUGAAGGGAAGGAGAGUGAAAGCAUCCAGUUGAGCAAUGGUAUUGAUGUCCAUUGGCAUUCAUCUCUAACUAAUGUACCCUAUGGCUUUAAUUAUUUCAUUGCUCACGAGUUUUUUGAUGUACUGCCGAUUCAUCAAUUCAUUGAUAUUGGGAAAAAUGAGUGGAGAGAGAUAUUUGUUGAUAUUGAAACUGAAACAAAAUCCUUGAAAUUUGUCAAAUCACCAAAUCCCACACCAGCUUCACUGGCAUAUACACAAUUACUAGGUGGUGGGUAUAAGGAGUUUGAGGUGUGUCCUGAUGGUUUAUUAAUCAUUGAGGAAGUAUCAAGACGUGUGAAGACUAAUGGAGGGGGAGCCCUAAUUGCCGACUAUGGAGACGUGGAAAUAAAAGAUUUCACUUUUAGA